UCAAAAAUGCAUGAUGGCCCAGGAGAGAUGGGGCGAGCAGUACUUAUUCCUAGGAAAGACCAAGAGAAGAUGAAGGAGCUAUUCAAAAUCAACCAGUUUAAUCUAAUGGCAAGUGAUCUGAUUGCAUUAAAUAGAAGCCUACCAGAUGUACGUCUAGAAGGGUGUAAGACAAAGGUAUAUGAAGAUGAUCUUCCAACAGUCAGCAUUGUCAUAGUCUUUCACAAUGAAGCUUGGAGUACUCUGAUACGAACAAUCCACAGCGUUAUUAAUCGGUCACCACACCAUUUGAUUUCUGAGAUAAUCUUAGUGGAUGAUGCUAGUGAAAGAGAGUUUUUGAAGAAAACAUUAGAAGAAUAUGUGCAGAAUUUGGAAGUGCCUGUAUUAAUUAGAAGAAUGAAGCAUCGUUCGGGACUCAUCCGUGCCAGGCUUCAUGGGGCAUCAGUUUCACAUGGACAAGUCAUAGCUUUUCUAGAUGCCCACUGUGAGUGCGCUACUGGGUGGCUAGAACCACUAUUAGCUCGAAUAAAAGAAGACAGGAAGACAGUUGUCUGUCCCAUCAUUGAUGUAAUUAGUGAUGAUACAUUUGAGUACAAGGCUGGAUCAGACAUGAAGUAUGGAGGGUUUAACUGGCAACUAAAUUUUCAUUGGUACCCUGUUCCCCAAAGAGAGAUGGACAGAAGAAGGGGAGAUAGAACCUUGCCAAUUUGGACUCCUGCUAUGGCCGGUGGCCUGUUUGCCAUUAACAAACAGUACUUUGAAGAAAUUGGAACGUAUGAUGCAGGCAUGGAUAUCUGGGGUGGAGAAAACUUGGAAAUGUCUUUUAGGAUCUGGCAAUGUGGUGGUUCCAUGGAAAUUGUGCCUUGUUCUCAUGUCGGACAUGUAUUCCGUAAAGCUACUCCUUAUACAUUUCCUGGAGGUACAGGACAUGUCAUUGAUAAAAACAAUAGACGACUGGCAGAAGUUUGGAUGGAUGAAUUCAAAGAUUUUUUAUAUAUCAUUUCUCCUGGUGUUGUCAGAGUGGAUUAUGGGGAUGUAUCAUCUCGAAAAGCACUAAAAGAAAAACUGAAGUGCAAAUCAUUUUCAUGGUACUUAGAAAAUAUUUAUCCAGAUUCCCCAAUCCCCAGACAUUACUUUUCUCUUGGAGAGAUCAGAAAUGUGGAAACAAACAAAUGCUUAGAUAGCAUGGGUCAUAAAGAAAAUGGAAAUAUAGGAAUUUUCAACUGUCAUGGCAUGGGCAGAAAUCAGGCAUUUUCUUACACUUCUGAUAAGGAGAUCCGGAGAGAUGACUUGUGUCUUGAUGUUUCAAGACAAAAUGGCCCUGUUGUUAUGCUAAAAUGUUACCAUAUGAGAUUAAAUCAAAUGUGGGAGUAUGAUACUCAGACUCACACAUUUAAGCAUAUAAUAACCCAGUCAUGCCUCACAAUAAGCAGCUUGCACAACGAAAACCGUAAUCCCACUGUGGCUAGCUGCGAUGGAAGCCCUCUGCAAAUGUGGAUCUUAAGGAACUACUCAAGCCUGGAAGUUUUUAGAAACAUUUUCUAUAGUCCUACGGAUUACUUUCUUUAA